AUGCCGCCACUUCAGGAGACGCCCUCUCCGGACAAUGUCAAGCAGGAAUCGGAGCCUGAGCGGGGCCGCCCGCGCGGCGGAUCUAACGAUAAGGACGUAGAAGGCCUUGACCUGGACGAUGUUGAUGAUGGCGAAGGCGGAGGGGAUGCGGCGCACUCCUCCAACUCGGAAGGACCCGCCCGGAAGCGGAGGCGGAGCCGCAAGGGACUAGACAAGAAGUUCGAGUGCCCGGAGAAAGGCUGCGGCAAGAGCUACUCUAGGGCGGAGCAUCUCUACCGCCACCAGCUGAACCACAACCCAAAGCAGGUCUACAAGUGCGGGAUCGGUGACUGCCAGAGGACAUUUGUCCGCCUGGACUUAUGUAACCGCCACAAGGAUCGCCAUACCGCCAAGGGUUCAGCGCUGAAUCGUAAGGACUCGAUGAUGAGCCAGUCAUCGCCAGUAACGGACCACAGGCCACCUUUCCCGCCGGCUGGUUCCGCAUCUCCGGAACUCAACCGGCCAGGGACCGCAUACACCAAGGGUCGGUCGAUGUCCAUUCAAUACCAUUCUCCCAAAGAUGCAAUGGGAAGCCCCUAUACGCCGAUGACCAACACGCCCCCAGCAACUUACGCGAACGGGGCGCCCAACGGCGUCGACUACAUGCAUCAUGAUCCAAACUACACCCACAUUGCCCAACGGCCGCCGCAUCACUCCCCACCCGGUCCGCGACGGCCAUCGGUUCAGACGAAUGUCGGCCCGUAUGGCGUAUUAUCUCCCAUCUCGGCGCAACCUGGCUACCACAGCCAGCCCACAAACACGCCCCAGUCGGCCCACGCGAUGCCGUUUGUCCCGCCUCAGAAUUUCCCCCCUUUCAGCCUUCCGCCGUCCGAUUUUGCGACGUCAUCGGCUGGGACAGUAGCCCGGGAUGAGCAGCAAGCCUAUGCGCCCUCGACGUCGGCCGAGUACACAGAUCAGCAGCCUCAGGCGUCCGGUGAGAUGAUGCUCCUGGACCAGAUGGGCAUGCAACAGAUGAUGCCCGUUUUCGGGAGUGAUAGCAUCCUUAAUAAGUCUCCCUAUGUUGCAAUCCCUGAAGACUUCGUGGCGUAUCUCUUCAACACUCAUGGCGAGAACUCACCCAUGACUGGGGUUCCGAUUCAGGGCUACAACUACGCAGACAUGUCGACUCAGUAUAACAUGCCCUACUAUAACGAUCCCAACCAGAUAGGCUAUUUCCCGGCGUCAGCCGGGCCACAGCAGGUCAUGUCCGUCACCAACCUCCUCGAUCAGGGCCUUCCCGAGUCGAUCAUCUCGGAGGAGAAGAGCGCCGAGAUAUUCGAGUUCAUUAAGGAAAGAUUCCACGAGAACGGUCAUGCGCCCGUUGAGCGGCAGCGAGACACCAUCAUCGAGGGCGACCGCAGUGAUGAUAACCACAUCCUCAGCCGCAGGAUGAUGCAGGAGUACAUCAAGUCGUAUUGGGACCAUUUCAGCGACCAAGUGCCCAUCCUUCACAAGCCGACCUUUUCGCCAGACAAGACGCCUAAUCUGUUGCUGAUAGCCAUGAUGACGAUCGGAGCUGCGUGCCUGGACAAGGCGCAUGGGCAGAAGGUCACAAAGGCGGGCGCGCAACUCUCUAACUUCUUGGCGUGGCAUCUCAGGUGGGAGAUGUUCCAGGACCCUAACUGCAGGCCGCCCGCCAAGCUAUGGGUGUUCCAGACGCUGUUACUACUCGAAUUAUAUGAGAAGAUGUACUCAACGAGGGAACUCCACGAGCGGGCCCACAUCCACCACGCUACCACAAUCACACUCAUGCGCCGCGGAAGGGCGCUGAUUGGAAAAUCAGCCCUCGACUCCCCGCCGCACCCCAGGACAGACGACAAGGCAAACGGCUCUAGGCAGUCGUCGACAUCUGGUGCCGCUCAUACCCCCGAGGAGUGGUGGAACCAUUGGGUCACCAACGAGACGACGCGACGGGCUGCGUUUGCAGCGUUCGUCAUCGAUUCGAUCCAUGCCACCAUGUUCGGCCACUCGACAGUCAUGGUUGCCCACGAGAUGCGCUUGCCCUUGCCCUGUGAUGACAAGCUGUGGAAAGCCACGAGCGGUUCGGAGGUGGCAAGAAUCGAAUCCAACCUCAUGUCGGUGGGAAACAAGCCCAUCUCGUUUCUCGAGGGGCUCAAGCGGACCCUUAGCAACCAGGAAGUGCAGACGAACUCCUUCGGGCGCACCAUCCUCAUGGCUGGUCUUCUCAGCGUGAGCUGGCACAUGAACCAGCGCGACCUACAGAUCAAUUCACUUGGCGGCGGGGUCUCGCAGGCUCUCGGCGGGCGGGAUAAGUGGCGAAGCACACUGACGAGAGCUUUUGACUCGUGGAAGAGCGACUUUGACAAGACAUUGCUCCGACGCGGCAGUGUGUCGGCGGAUCCCUACUACGACCCAAGCAACCGCAACGAGGCCGACGUGGUGUUCGAGAGCCGGAUCGUGCUGCACCACCUGGCGCACAUGGCAAUGCACGUGGAUAUCGUCGACUGCCAGAUCUUUGCGAGGGCGAAGAGACUGCUCGGCCGGGCUAUCGGCCCUCAGGACCUCAACAGUGCGCAGCGGCGGAUGAAGGACAUCUGGGCGCCGUCAGCAAAAGCCCGCGAUGCGACGUACUACGCGCUCAAGUUCCUCCAGUCGGUCAUGCUCCCGGACACGGUGCAAACACCAGGAUCGAACGGCGGAUACGGGCGACACGAGGAACUGUAUUCGGCGCGGGACGAUGUGCUGCUUAAUAGGCCGUGGGUGCUCUACUUUGCGGCGCUCGUGGUCUGGUGCUACGGGUUCGCGCUCGAAGGGCCCAGCCCGACGAUCCCGAUGCCGACGAUGCAGCAGGACAAGGUGCGACUGAUGCGCGAAUACCUCAUCAAGUACGGCAACGUGUCGUCGCCCGAGGAGCUCAAGUCGAUGAAGGGCAUCAGCCACAACACGCCGCUGCUGAUGAUGCUCAAGGACACGUUUGGGGACUCACGGUGGGAGCUGCUGCACGAGGGAGCCACGCUGAUGAAUAACUGCAUUCUUCUGAAUGCGGGGCAGAACGUGGUGUAG